GCAGGGAAGAAGUUGCAGGUUGGGAGCAAGGUUGAGAGUAGGGGAAAGUGGGUGUAUUGCGCCCUCCUAACCAAUUGCGCCCACCAACAUUCCCACGAAUUCAAUGCAUGGGGUCUAUGAACUUUCAGAGCAAGUUUCAGGUUGCACCACCAGACAAGGGCAGUUUUCCACUGGAUCAUGAAGGCGAGUGCAAGAAGUUUAUGCUGAAAUACAUGAUCUGCUUGGGCAAAAACAACAAUGACAAUUCGAGGUGCAGACCAGAGGCCAAAGAUUACCUCGGAUGCCGAAUGGACCAUGAGCUGAUGACGCGGGAGAGCUGGAAGAAACUGGGCUUUGAUGAUUUGGACAGUCCUGUAAGUGACCAUAAAAAGGAAUAGCUGAUUCUUCUCAAUUGGGUUCACAAAAUCCAGGGACUGGCAGACCAGCUUUAUUGUGUCAUUCUUGAUCACCAUUUGACCCAAUUAGUUACCCCAGGCCAUGGCAGACUGUGAUCCAGAACAGUCAGGUGACUGUCACAUCCUGCUCUGCUGCACUGGCAGUGUGGCCUCCUUGAAGGUUCCCGAGCUGGCUGCCCUGCUGCAGAGAGCUCCUGCCGCCGGCCGCCGCGCGGUCACUGUUCGCGUGGUGAGCACGGACGCGGCUCGUCACUUUUUCUCACCGUCCGACCUGCCGCCGGGCGUGCAGCACUACACGGACGCAGACGAGUGGUCGGCGUGGCGCGGCCGCGGCGACCCGGUGCUGCACAUCGCGCUGCGCGAGUGGGCGCACCUGCUGCUGGUGGCGCCGCUGGACGCCAACUCGCUGGCCAAGCUGGCCACCGGGCUCUGCGACACGCUGGUGACGUGCGUGGCGCGCGCCUGGCCGCUGGGCCGCCGGCCGGUGCUGCUCUGCCCGGCCAUGAACACGGAGAUGUGGCGCCACCCGGUGACGGCGCCGCAGCUGGAGACGCUGCGCUCCUGGGGCUGCACCGUGCAGCCGCCCGUGCAGAAGACGCUGGUCUGUGGGGAGACGGGGGUGGGCGCCAUGGCUCACCUGGAGGACAUCCGAGACACGGCGUACCGCCUGCUGGAACAGUGGGAGAAGGGUGCCGCGGGGACGGGGGGAGACGUGACUGGGGCUCUCUGAUGUCUUGGAGUGCGUCGCAGUCAUUCAGAGAUAGCCAGUAGUGGAGUGUGAGGUGAUCGGGUGUGGUGGCGCUAUAUGAUUAUAUAUUGUGCUGUGUUAGUAGGAUGAUGUAAUUGUGCAUACGCCAUGCGAGUGACGGCGAUUGUCCUUUUUGGAAAGAUCGUGUCAGCUGUUUACGGCGAGUGUGACUCCCGAGUCAGGAACUUUUUCAGACAUAUAACGAAAGAUAUACAUGAGUAUCGAAAUGCGUUACUCUAAGGGACAGUCAAACAAUAAAUCAACGCGUUGUCCUGUUGUGCUGCUGCAGCAUCGAUCGAUGAUCGAAUCAUUGCGUCGUUGCGUUGGUUCGACCGUAUACGAGCACGGUUAGGAACUGGAAGACUGCACUUCCACCGACGAGAUUCAUUAGGGCGAUGGUGUCGUGUGAAUGAUUGACCUAACCAUGUUGCUAUCUUUUGAGUGGUUUGGCGCAUGAAUGAAGUGAACUUGUCAACAAAGAUUUGCUAAUUCU